GUCUUCAAUGAUCAAGGGGCCUUCUGGACGAGGACGUACCAUGGCUUCAAGAUCUCCUUCGAGAGCAGCGGAGUGUUCUCAUCCUUUGACUCCUUCGCGCUGUUCGAGAGUCUAACCAUCCUGUUCAUCUGGCUCCAAGUACCGUCGCUGAUCAUCUACGUCUUAGCAGCAUUCUUCCUUGGCACCCUGUCCAAGGUUUAUUCAAGUGUGAUGCAUCAGGAGAGCGGUCUCAUCGGUACCACAGCAGGCAUCGCUGCUCGCCUGCUGAAUU